ACGAUCAGCGCCCUGCGCUGCGGAUAAGAGUAUCAUGUCUUGGGGGCCGACUUGGCUGUUCCCCUGUACGCGAGCGAUCCCCAUACGCUGUCAAAACCCCAUCUUCAAGUCCCGCCCAACCAUCCUCCAACCUCUGCGGGUUUGCUACGACAUCCGAAAUCCACUCGUCGUGAGGAGACUCACUUGUUAAGCUAAUCGCAGAUCGGCACUACCCGCCGCCACAUGGGAUCAUAUGGGAUGGCAUCAUUACCCGGCAUCAAAUUUUAUAGAGCGAGAUAUCAUACCCUUUUUCUUCUUCUUCUUGGGAUGUUGUACUCUACAGGUGUAAUUCAGUGGGAUAACGUACUCAUUGCUCGAACACUAGAAAUGGAGGUUCUUUUUUGGGACCCCGCCCCGUACGAUACUAUGAUCAGAAACUGGUUGGCUGGCUGGCUUGAGAAAUUAAGAAAACAUUAUCCCCCAUAUGAUAUCGUACAACCGGUAUUUGAAGACCAUGAAAUGGUGGAGAACGGGUCAUGAGAAAGGUCCUGUACCAUACCCCUACCCCCCCCAUUACACGGAUCCAACACACACACACACAGAGCCCAAAUAUCAUACUCCUCCUCGACUUUGACUUUUUGUCAAUCCUUCACCGUUGCGUCUCAAAUUUCCUUUCCCAUCCUCGGCGAAUCCCCCGCGCUCCUAGAGCAUCCAAAAGCUCUAGGUGUCGUAUGAUAUAGCCACCACCUGGAUUCACGUGACUCUUGUGUUGGACGCUCGAGUUGGGGUUUUUGUGGCCGAUGUGGGUGUGAUACUUGGUGAUAGUGGCAUGAUCACACAUUAUCACUCGUAUAUUGCACCGGGAUAUUGAGAGUAGCGGAGACUGGAUCAUGGCGGAAUUGGGCUAUAUAAAGUAGGGAUUAUGAAUGUGGCGAAAACUCUGGUCACCGGGGUGGUCGUUGUUCGCCUUGGCUACAGUAUUAGCUCUCUGCUUUUGGUCUGGU